AUGAAACCUCCACAACCGUCUCCCAAUGGCCAACCAGCCCCAGACUCUCCUGCCAAACCCAAACGCAAGAACCUUAACCCUCAAGCUCUUGUCUCAAAGUUCUGGAAAAAGUAUCACUCCAGAACUCCCGGCAAGGUAACCUCUAUUUUCCCUCAGAGUCUAUACGACUCUCUCCUUACAGAUGCGGACUCGUCCGAGCCCCAAACUCGAAACGCGGCGCAGAGCUACGAGGCUGCUGCUAAGAACUGCCGUGCUCGAGUUCGUGCCAUAGUCAAAGAGUGCGAGCGUACCAAUUCCAAGUUCAGCGAUCCGGACUUUGAUGUCGAGUCCGAUUUUGCGUCGCACCAAGAUAACUGUCUCUUUGGCCUCGUCAGGAAUACCUGCCAUAUCUGCGGAAGCGAUAGCGAAGAUGACGAGGAUAUAGAGUACGGCUCCACGAGCGAUGCUCGACGAACCAAGAAACCACGCGAUCGUAAAGCCGUUGAUAAUCCAAGAAGCAAGAAGCGUGAUCGUAACAUGGACAACCUGCGGGGAGACGGCCCUUACCACGGGGGCUUUUUCUGCCGGCAAAAAAGGCCUGGUUCAGUUCACCGUAUCCCUUGGAUCUUUGAAAACCCCCAGUUCACUAUCGACGGCUUUUCCAGCUCAGACAUCAAGCAGGGUGCGACCGGUAACUGCUGGUGGCUGGCUGCUCUCGCAACCAUCGCCCAUCGCAAAGACCUGAUGAAAAAGAUAUGCGUUGCCCGGGAUGAAGAAUGCGGCGUCUAUGGUUUCGUCAUCUACCGUGAUGGAGAGUGGAUAUCGACUGUCGUGGACGACAACCUGUAUUUGAAGCACAGGGACUUUGGAGAGGACAGCCAAGUCUACGACGCAACCCUCAAGAAGGCGCGUCAGUACAAAAAGCAGAAGCAAACAGGUUCCGAAGCUUUGUACUUUGCCAAAUGCGAGGACCCCAACGAGACCUGGUUGCCCCUGCUGGAGAAAGCAUUUGCCAAAGUUCAUGGCGAUUACCAGUCCAUGGAAGGCGGAUGGGCUGGAACAGCUGUCGAGGAUCUCACAGGCGGUGUAGCCACAGUAGUCGCGGGAAAUAGAGUUCUUCGCAAAGAGAGACUGUGGCGAGAAAUGCUUGGAUCAGAUGGCGAAGAUGGAGAGUUUGUCUUUGGUCUGUCUGCUGGUGGACCAGGAGACGAACAUAAGAACGGGAUUGUCCUACAGCAUGCUUAUUCAGUGCUCAGAGUCGCCGAGGUGCAGAACGAAGACGGUACUAAGUUUCGCCUGGUCAAGAUUCGAAACCCCUGGGGACAGAGGUCCGAAGCCGGUCAAGGCGAGUGGCAUGGUCCAUGGUCAGAUGGCUCCAAAGAGUGGACUCCGUACAUGAUCAAGAAGCUCAAGCACGAGUUCGGCGACGACGGAGUCUUUUGGAUGUCGUUUAAUGAUAUGCUCGACAACUUCAAAUGGAUGUACAGAACCCGACUCUUUGAUGAGCGAUGGACUGUGGCUCAGCAGUGGUUGAGUGUCAGUAUCUCGUGGCUUACCGGCUACCUUAAGAAGAAGUUUGUUAUUGAGGUCAAGGAAGAGGGCAUGGUGGUUAUUGUUCUUUCACAGCUUGACGAACGCUACUUUACCGACCUUAAGGGACAGUACGAGUUUACUCUAAAUUUUCUCAUCAAGUCCUCGGAAAGUAAGGACACCAUCUGCGCCGUGCGUCCAGUGCACCAAUGGGAUCGACGUUCGAUCAACUGCGAAGUCGAACUAGAGCCGGGCACCUAUGAAGUCAUUCCCAAGAUCAUGGCGGAACGACUCGUUUGGCGGCCAAGAGUGGAAAAAAUGGUCAAAAGAGCUGCAGAUGAGAACCCGAAGAAGCUACGACAGAUCGGUCUACAGUACGAUCUAGCCCACGCAAAGGGUGGAAUCUUAGAUGAGGACGAAGCUCUUCGCAAGAAACGUGAGGCUAAGAAGAAGAAGGAACUCAAGGGUAAGGAGCAAGAGGUCAAGAAGAAGCACAUGGCUGAGGCGAUGGCACGGAUGGAGGAGGCGAUGGUGGCUAUGAGGAACGAGUACAAUCAGUACCUCAACGAGAGAGAGAACGAAAAGGACAAGGAGAAUGAAGAAGAGCCUGCUGUGGAGGAGGAAGAGAAGAAGAAUGACGACGACGAACCUGAGCCCAAGGAACCUGCAGUCGAGACUAAAGACAAAGCGGACCAGGCGCCUCCAGGGUUUUGGCCAGAUGAUUCUCCCAGCAAGGACGACCUGGACGUUUCGAAACAUCCCGAAACAUCAGUCGAGCCAAGGAAGGCGUCGUCUUCCCAUGAUACGAAUGAGGCGAAGGAUGAAAGGAAACGAAUGCCUUUCCGAGCCCCAUCUUCUCGUGGUAACCGUCAGGGUAUCUCGCCACCACCGAUCCCGUAUCAAUACCAGUAUCAAGACCAGAGUCCUCUUCGCAACAACAGGCGAAUGACCAUGACUGACUACAGCAUGGACCCAUACCCUGUGUUUACACCACCCACAGAACCAACGUCGGAGUCGGAUCUUGACAACUCAGCUUCUGGUUCUGGUUCCGACACGACGUCUGACGACAACGAUUCGUCGAGCUCGGACAGCGAUGAUAUGGGCCUCUACCCGCGUCGAAAGUUUCGCUCGCGCAAGAAGCAACCCUGGAAUGCCGUGUGCGUGAUCGGCCUUCGUGUCUAUGCGCAGCACGCAGGCAUCAAGGUAUGUCUCGCUGACCAGAAGCAUGACGAGGCUACUGAGCUUGUCGCACCAGAGGCAAGCAGCGCGGCUGGUCCGACCGAGUAG